UUAUCGGCCAGGCUUUUCCGCUCCAAGGAGGGCAUCGUGUUUUGUUUAUAUCUCACUUCCGUGUCUGCUGUAUCUUCACGACAGAUUUCAUCUUUUCUUCGAACAUACAAAUAAUACAGUGUUGUCUCCAAGAUGGCCAUGGUGAAGAGUGGUUGGCUCCAUCGACAAAGUACCAUACUGCGCCGGUGGAAAAGAAACUGGUUUGACUUGUGGGCUGAUGGACGACUUGUUUUCUAUAAUGAUCAACAACGGCGUGACAUGGAGGAUGAUAUUCACAUGAGGGUAGACUGCAUUAACAUCCGCAGCUCUGCUGCAUGUCAAGAGCUGAACCCACCAGAGGGGAGGAUGCGUGAUGCCUUGCUCCAGAUAGUGUGCAGAGAUGGACGGGUCAUCAGCCUGUGUGCAGACAGUGCAGAUGAUGCUCUAGCAUGGACCAUGGCACUUCAGGAUGCCCGAAUUAAUGCAGUGGUUGCUACGCCUCAGAUCAGCUUUGCACAGGAAGUGAUGGCAUCUGCUCCUCCCCCCUACUCGGAAUAUGCUACCCCACCUCAGGCUUAUGCUCCAGGCCCGUAUGGAGACUACGCUGCGCCUCCCCCACAUGCCACCCAGAUCAUGUACUCUGCCGACGGGCAGCCUUACGCUGUUGCGUAUCCUUAUCAGUACCAAGGUGGAUACGCUGCUCCUGGAGUGAACCAUGUCAUUAUUCGGGAGCGCCAGCGCGACGAUGGAGGAGACGUAGCUUUGGGCAUGCUCGCCGGAGCGGCGACCGGUCUGGCACUGGGCUCCCUCUUCUCCGUCUUUUAGUGUCUUGGUUAAUGUACAUGUAGUAGCACAGCGCCCCCCUCUGUCUUCACAGCAUUCGGCUUCUUCUUUGUGCCAUCACAUGAGUUGGAGAGAAACGUGUCUGUCGGGCUACUUCCAUCGAUGAAGCAUGAUUGUGAUGGGCAGGAAAACUGCUCCCUCUGUGUCCUGUACAUGAAGUAAAUACUGUUAGCACUUUCUCAUAUGCCCUGUGCGGCACUUUCCCACUCCCUUUGUGUCGUCUGAAUAUGAAUGUUCUUAACCAAAAAAUACAAGUUAUUCACGUUUAAGAGUUAUUUAAAUGACAGGAAGACGCUCCUCCUCGUACGUACACUUCAGCUAACGUCUCAGUCAGGUUUGUUUCUGUUUCACGGACCAUUUGUCCUUUUAUAUUUGCAGAACUGUAACUUUCAGGAGUUGUUUGUUUUUAGUCCAGGUUUUGUGUUUAUUUGUUUACUCGACCUUAUUUGACUUUGUUUUACAUGUUUUACUGGCCUGGUUUUAACAUGUAGCGUUUCCUCGGGUUAUUUGUGGUGGCGACAGAGUGCAAUGCGAUGAGAGUUGUGUAAAUAGGAAUGAGAACACAGAGCAAUAAUCAUUUCACUGUAGCAUUUUCAGGUACCUAUUCGGUGGAAUCUGGUUGUGAUGGAGGUCUGAUGUUGUCUUCACCACAAAUAAUCCUGUGCAUGAGGAAACGGCGGCAUUUACAUGAUGUGCUUUGAACUGAAAAGGGACGUCACUCCUCUUGACUGACAUAUAUUUGCAUGCGUGGUUUAUGGUCCAUUUUUCAUUGGCAGCUGUUGAAUCACACUUUUCAUUUCAUUUGCAGUGUGUUUGAAUUGGUGUUUAGGUUUUUUAUUUCGGUAUGAACAAAGAACUGAUCAGGUUAAUCUCCUGAGGUCCGGGUGUCAUCGGAUAAUCCAUAAUUCAUUUGUAAUUUAAAAACAAAACCUGUAAAUCUGUUUAUGUCAAAACCAAAAGCACUAACGCUUCACUUCCUCUUCCUGUCUGUCUUUUGCAAAAUGAGAAAUGGAAAAAAGAAUUUGCAAAAACAAAAAC